AUGAAGAAAAAAAAACUUAUUGCAGUCGGUCUUUAUGCAAUGUGGCUUUUCUAUACUACUCCACCGAUCAUUGUUAGUGGGAUAUACACGCUUUUACCGACGAACGAAACAUACUCGGCCAGGUUUCUAUAUCGCCUGGAACAUGUUCUUGAUAUGGACAAAUAUUACAACCUGUUGAUGCUUCACGGGUUUAUCAGUGUAUUCUACAUAGUCUCUGUGCCGAUAGCUGUCGACAAUCUAUUCACACUGUACAUUCAGCAUGUUUGCGCGUUGUUCAGAUGUGUAAAAUAUAACAUAGAGCAAAUACGAAGCUCAGAGUUUACACUGCUCAAUCCAGACAUUGCAGAUGAUAAAGCAUACCAUAGCAUAGUCAGCUGCAUUAAAUUGUACAAACGUAUCAUAAAGUUUUCUGAUUUGCUUUCAUCUACUUACGCAACAUCUUUCUUAAUUAUGCUGGGAAAUGUAGUUAUUUGCUUGAGCUUUGGCACGGCGGAGUUGAUAAUGGUGGAUAAUCAAUUUGACGAAAUUAUCAGAAUUCUCGCCGCUAAUGCAGCACAAUUGCUACACAUAUAUUAUCUGAGUUUAACGUCUCAACGAUUGAUCGAUUACAGUAACGAACUCCAAAAUGUGAUUUAUAGCUGCUACUGGUACACGAUUUCAUUGAGAUCUAGACAUCUCCUGAGAUUCACAUUAAUGCGUGCAACUAAACCGUGCCAAAUAAAAGCUGGUAAUAUAUUUGUAAUGUCAUUGGAAACUUUUAGCAAGGUAUGUACGAAAACGUAAUAUUACUUUGAUGAUAGUUCGAUCAAACAAAACGUCUUUAUGAUAUUAUUUUCAGCUUUUAAAAAUGACCAUGUCUUAUUUUA